AGCGGGUGCCAUAGCCACGUGGCCAGCGUCGGAGGGAGAGUUGACUUCGUGGCGUCGGUGCAAACCUGUCUCUGAGGUGGCCAACUUAAGAUGUUGAUGUUGAAGGGGAUUCUAGCCACCAUAUUUUACGACUACUAUUUUGAGGCAUAAGAGGGGAGAGAUGGGGGAAGAGAUGAGGAAGGGUGGUGGUGGUGGAAGAAGAUAGAAUGCGGUUAAAACAAUAUGGUGCAUGAACGGCUUUAUGCGUCAAAGGGGGAUGUUGCUCCUAGAAAAUAGUGGUUAUCCCGUCGCCCCGGUCUUCAAUUGCCCAGCACCAUGGCUGCUGCAGGCUACGUCCAGAUCUCCUUGAUAUGGGUGGCCUAUGCAGUUGCGGUCGCCUUAGCCUUCCUCGCCGCUAGCAUUACCACCUUCAUCUGGCAGACGCCUCGCGACCGAUCCGCCGUCGUUACCAUCGUUGCCAUCAUCAGUCUUACCGCGCUCCUCGCCACUGUCUUCCUGCUCCCUGUCGAUAUCGCCCUCGUAUCCUCCACCACCGAUACGGCCCUUGGCGUCAAGAAAGACUGGGCCAGCUCCGAUCGUGUCGAUGGCAUCCUCCUAACCCUCAAGAUCGUUUACUAUACCCUCUACAGUCUCGACGCCCUGCUCUGCCUGCUCGUCAUCCCCUUUGCCUACUUCUGGUAUGAGGAGUAUGACGAGGUCGAGGAGCAGGAGGGUAGCCAGACAGUGGCCAGCAGAAUCUGGGGCGCUCUCAGGUACACUACCGCAUUCAUACUGCUCAUCGUCAUCAUAUUCCUCGUCGGCUUCUUUGUGCCCGCUGCCGGUGACCGCGAGGGCAAGCACUUCGACCUCGACUUCUUCAAGCGACUGCUCAAUGAGAACAACGGCGAGAAAGCGCUUACCUUUGGCUUGGGCUUGUUGAUCACGCUAGGGACGCUCCUCUACGUUAUUUACACCGGAGCUGGUCUCGCCCUUUUCCCUAUCUCGUUCAUCAAGUCCGCCCCUUCCGUGUCGGCGCCGCAAUUAUACGAAAACACCGCGUCGCAACUGGAACAGAAUCGGGAACGCCAGAGACAGUUAGAGCUACGCAAUGCGGGUCGGUCGGAUGGAAUGCCCGCCAAGGAUAGGCGCGAAUUGGAUGCGCUCGCCCGUGAAGAACGGACUCUAGUGCGACAGCACAGGCUCGCUGGCGAAGCCCAAGGCGAGGGCAAGAGCGCGAUCGUGAGAGCGUGGUCGAAGAUUUGCGCCGUGUUUCGGCCGCUCAAGCUCAUCGGGGGUCUCCUUGUCGUUCUGCUUGCAUUGCUCAUCUGGGUCUCCAUGCUCAUCACGGGAAUCGACAAGGCCGUCAACUCCGUCUGCAAGGAGCAUUGCGGCUACAUCCUCGCCCACAUCAACGUCUUCCAGCCGAUCAACUGGAUCUUCGUCCAGACCGCGCGGGUGUUCCCGGUCGACUACGUGCUCAUGGCGCUUCUGAUCCUGCUCUUCUUCAGCAGCUCGAUCUCGGGCGUGGCCGCGAUCGGUAUCCGCUUCCUGUGGGUGCGCAUCUUCCAGAUUCGGAAGGGCCGGACAUCACCGCAGGCGUUGCUCAUCGCGACCGUCAUGCUCGCGCUCAUGACCCUCGCCAUCAACUACGCCGUGGCCAUGAUGGUGGCCCCACAGUACGCCACCUACGGGACGCAGACCUUCUGCGACCUACCGCCGCAGCACCCGUUCGCGCGACCCGACUGUAGCGGCGCCUCCGAGGCCGUCAAGCCAUGCUCCGAGUGGGCAGACAACAACGCGUCGCGGUGGCACCACAACCCGCAGCAGACGUGCACACCGACCGUCAUGUCGACGUUCCUGAAUCGCGUGACGCUUAACUGGCCCGUGUUCGGCGCCAUCGACUUCUGGGCUCAGUUCGCCUUCCUCGCCGUCUUCCUCGUCGUCUUCCUGACGGCGCUCUUCCGCACGCCGCGCGUCACCACCGGCGGUGAGGACGCCGACGAGGACGCCGAGGCUGACGAGGAGGAGGGCCUGCUUGCGAGCACGGGCCGGCGCUUCGGUGCCACCUGGCAGGACAUCACCGGCAGGGCUCCGAAGCCUAGCGGCACGGACGCGAGGGCUGUGUAGAGGGCGGUCCCUCUCUCGCCGCCUACGUAAGGCGUUGUAUUUAAUAACACAACAGCGAUAUUUUUCCGCUUACGGUACUCUACUGGUAUUAUGGACU